UGGUGGGAAGCUGUUUCCUAGGUAAUCGCCACCGGCGACACCAUUGCUUCCCCUCAGCGUGCGCCUGCGUUAGAGAGGGAAAGGGCUUCGUUUCCUCACGCAGCCUGAAGGUACCCGCGACCUGAGGCCCGGCAGGUGAUGCGUGUUACUGGCGACGGGGCCGAACAGGAAAAGCUGCCGCCGCCGCCGCCGCCGCCUCGGCUUCAAGGAACAGGAAGCGGGGUCGAGUGCCGCCCCCGCCCGCUCGUGCUUGAGCAGACCAGCUCUGUCAUCCAGUACAUCCUUCCAAGAAAACCAAGAGAAAAUAUGGUUUGCACAAAUAAGCUUAAGCGGCCAGAAUUACUUUGAAAGAAUUGUGAACAGAAAAACAACAAUGACCAUGUGGUUAUGAUAUUUAAAAUCUAUAAUGCCUCCUGCCAUGGCAGCUAUCCUAGACAUCUGGGCAGUAGAUUCACACAUAGCAGCUGAGAGCUCAAUUUCUGUGGAUUGCCUGCUUCCUACUGGAAUUUACAUCAGUCUAGAUGUUCCUCGUGAUGCCACUAUUUGUCAUAUCAAACAGCUAUUAUGGAAACAAGCACAUAGCUACCCUCUGUUUCAUCUUCUUCUGGAGAUUGAUUCAUAUAUGUUCUCCUGUGUGAACCAAACAGCAGUACGUGAGGAACUGGAGGAUGAAACCCGAAGGCUCUGUGAUGUUAGACCAUUCCUUCCUGUUCUUAAAUUAAUUACCAGAAGCUGUGAUCCAGGAGAAAAGUUAGACUCAAAAAUAGGUGUCCUCAUAGGAAAAGGCCUCCAUGAGUUUGAUGCCCUACAGGAUCCAGAAAUUAAAGAAUUCCGGAUUAAGAUACGACAAAUCAGUGAAGAGAAAAUGCAAUCACUGGUGGGGUUAUCUUCAAUGGAUUGGUUAAAGCACACACAUCCUCCAGAAUUAGAACCAGCAAUCCAGGACAACAUCCAGGAUAAACUUUACGGUGGCAAUCUUGUUGUGGCUGUUCAUUUUGAUAACUGUCAGGAUGUAUUUAGUUUUCAAGUGUCUCCUAAUAUUAACCCUGUUAAGUUGAAUGAGUUGGCAAUUCGGAAACGGUUGACUAUCCAUGGAAAAGAAGAUGAAGAAGCUAAACCUUGUGAUUAUGUAUUACAAGUUAAUGGAAGACUGGAAUAUGUUUUUGGGGAUCAUCCAUUAAUUCAAUUCCAGUAUAUCCAUCGUUGUGUAAUAAAUAGAACUCUUCCUCAGCUGACACUUAUUGAAUGCAGCACCAUUAAAAAAAUGUAUGAACAGGAAAUGAUUGCUAUAGAAGCAGCAGUAACUCAAAAAUCAAGCAAUCUUCCUCUUCCUCUACCACCCAAAAAAUCACGUUUGACUCAAAGUGUCUGGGAGUUUAGCCACCCUUUCAAAGUUUUGCUAGUAAAUGGCACUAAAUUGAACACAGAAGAAACUGCCAAAGUUCAUAUCAGGGCUGGCCUCUUCCAUGGAAAUGAACUCCUUUGUAAACCUAUUGUAAGCUCAGAAAUAUCUGGGAGAAAUGACCAUAUUUGGAAUGAACCCUUGGAAUUUGACAUCAAUGUCUGUGACUUGCCGAGAAUGGCUAGAUUGUGCUUUGUGGUUUAUGCUGUUAUGGAUAAAAUGAAAAAUAAAAAGUCAGCCAAGACACUGAAUCCAUCCAAAUACCAGACCAUGAGGAAAGCUGGGAAAGUGCAUUAUCCUGUGGCAUGGGUCAAUACUAUGGUAUUUGAUUUUAAAGGACAAUUAAAAUCUGGAGACCUUCUCUUGCACAGCUGGUCAUCAUUUCCUGAUGAACUUGAAGAAAUGUUGAAUCCAAUGGGAACGGUACAGACUAACCCAUACACUGAAAAUGCAACAACUUUGCAAAUCAGAUUUCAGGAAUAUUCAAAAUUUCCUAUUUAUUACCCCCCUUUUGAUAAGAUACUUGAAAAGGCAGCUGAGAUUGCAAGGAACAGUGAUUCCUCUGGCAUGGCAGGUCGUGGUGGCAAAAAGUUCUACAUUGAGCUAAAGGAGAUCAUGGAAAGGGACCCUUUAUCUCAGCUGUGUGAAAAUGAAAUGGAUCUCAUCUGGACAUUACGAUUUGACUGUCGUGAAAAUUUUCCACAAUCCCUGCCAAAACUGUUGCUGUCUGUGAAAUGGAACAAGCUUGAAGAUGUUGCUCAACUUCAGGCUCUUCUUCAGAUAUGGUCAAAACUGCCUCCUAGAGAAGCAUUAGAGUUACUAGAUUUCAAUUACCCCGAUCAAUAUGUAAGAGAAUAUGCUGUGAGCUGUUUACGACAAAUGAGUGAUGAAGAGCUUGCUCAGUAUCUCCUGCAGCUCGUGCAGGUACUGAAAUAUGAAGCUUUUCUCGACUGUGCCCUCUCCAGAUUCCUGUUAGAAAAAGCCAUGGCAAACAGAAGGAUAGGACAAAUGUUGUUUUGGCAUUUGAGAUCAGAAGUGCAUAUACCUGCAGUCUCUGUGCAGUUUGGUGUGAUAUUGGAAGCUUAUUGCCGUGGGAGCAUCACUCAUAUGAAAGUUCUUUCCAGACAGGUUGAAGCACUGAAUAAGAUGAAGACUUUGAAUAGCUUAAUAAAACUGAAUGCCAUGAAGCAAAGUAAAGCUAAAGGAAAGGAUGCGAUGCAUACCUGUUUAAAACAAAGAGCAUAUAGAGAGGCCCUUUCCCAUCUCCAGUCCCCUCUGAAUCCUUCUGUUUUACUUUCAGAACUUUGUAUAGAGAAAUGUAAAUAUAUGGACUCAAAAAUGAAGCCUUUAUGGAUCGUAUACAGUAACAAAGUGUUCGGUGGUGAUUUGGUGGGAAUCAUCUUUAAAAAUGGAGAUGAUCUACGACAAGACAUGUUGACGCUUCAGAUGUUACGUUUAAUGGAUUUACUUUGGAAAGAGGCUGGGCUAGAUCUUCGGCUGUUGCCUUAUGGCUGUUUAGCAACAGGAGAUUAUUCUGGCUUAAUUGAGGUGGUUUCUGCUUCUGAAACAAUUGCAGACAUUCAGCUCAACAGCAGUAAUGUAGCUGCUGCUGCUGCAUUCAACAAAGAUGCUCUCUUAAAUUGGCUUAAAGAAUACAAUACUGGAGAAGAUUUGGAUCAAGCCAUUGAGGCAUUCACUUUGUCUUGUGCUGGCUACUGUGUAGCUACUUACGUCCUGGGCAUUGGAGACAGGCACAGUGACAAUAUCAUGGUCAGGAAGAAUGGUCAGCUGUUCCAUAUAGAUUUUGGGCAUAUUCUUGGAAACUUCAAAUCCAAAUUUGGAAUUAAAAGGGAACGGGUACCUUUCAUCCUGACAUAUGAUUUUAUUCAUGUCAUUCAGCAAGGGAAAACUGGAAACACUGAAAAAUUUGGCCAGUUCCGCCAAUGCUGUGAAGAAGCAUACUUGAUUCUGCGAAGACAUGGCAACCUAUUUAUCACUCUGUUUGCACUGAUGUUAACAGCUGGGCUUCCAGAACUAACAUCUGUUAAAGACAUCCAAUAUCUAAAGGACUCUCUUGCCUUAGGAAAGAGUGAUGAAGAGGCAUUAAAACAGUUUAAGCAGAAAUUUGAUGAAGCACUCAGAGAAAGUUGGACUACUAAAGUGAACUGGAUGGCACACACAGUUCGGAAGGAUUACAGAUCCUGAUUGGUUGAUGAAUUUGCACUAACCUUAAAAGUUAUCCUGACAAUAAAGCAUUAAAGGAGAAAAAACAGACUGUUUAAAAAGAGACCCAGGAAAGUUGCCUGAGGGAUUCUUGAUUAUUUUGCACUCUGCUUUGGGAAUGCUUCAAGAUUUUGCAGAAUCAGUAAUCGCUUCUGCUUACUUUGCACACUGAAAGUUACUACUAAACUUUUAUAUUGUUUUGAUACAGUGUAAAUAUUUGGGACCUUUUAUGCUUAGGCAGAGUGCUCAAACUCUGUCUAGAUGGUUAGAGAUUUCUUGAAGAACUGAUUACUAAACAGCAUCAGAGGUUUUCAUAAUGCCUUUAAUUUUGCUUCAAGUGAACUUUAAAUGCAUCUAUACACCUAUAUUUUUACUGGCAUAAACAUCCAUUCUACUGUACAUAACAGCCAGAAUAUUGCACAGCAAAAAGCUUAUUUCUUUCUACUGCUGCCAGAAAAGAGACCUCUAUACUUAAUAAUGGAAAAAUGUAAAAAGAUUGUCCCUUUUACUAUAAUGUUGUACAAUGUUGUGUUGGUGUAAUGUUUUAAAAUUUAUGUGGAUGGGGUAUGUUUGAAAUAAUUUUCAGUUGUUAGAAAAAUUACAAAAUUGAGUGCUGAACAUCUUUUCAAAAAUUUCACAGCAUCUGAAAUGUUGGAGAAAUGUCAGUAAAAGGAGUUAGCCUUUCAAUUUUCCAGUGAUAUCCGUAACAGAUUGUCCACGCCAUGAUAUAUAUGGAAAACAUGAAACAAAAUCUCCUUACAAGGUUUAUACAUAUCUCUCAAAUCUGUGUUUGUCAAAACCAGUUGUUUUUCUUUUUUUAAAUGCUAAAACAUAGCAUUUUAAAAAGAGAUUUCAAAAUGAAGUCAAAUCCACCCUGUGCUGUACUCAGUGACAAAACACCAACAAGGAAAAACAGAUAAAUUAAAAACAGGCAAAAUGUCUGAAUGGUUCCUGAUAUUUUUGCACCCUGCUUUGGAGUGCUUCAUCAAGAUUUUGUAAAAUCAGUAAUCACUCCCACAUACUCUGCAUGGUGUGGUACUGUUUGUGAUAAAAGCAUCUUCCCAGGAUGUUUGUGUUCAGCCUUAAAAUGACUGUGAUUGAGAAACUGGAUAUACUUUAAUUUAUGAAACGAGGUACCCUGCUUUAAGGUGCUUAAAAGAACAGUUCAAAUUAAAAGUGCAAUAGAAUUUGUUAGUUUAAAGAUGUAACACGAAAUAUUUUGAAACAGUGGCGAAGUGGACUUGUAAUAACCUCUUGCUCGCCAAAGAACCUGGUUGCUCUUAAUUUCAGUGGUGAUCGAAUAAACAUAAUUAUGAUCAAAAUAAUGAUUUUAAAUAGGAAGUGCAUUAAAGACUAUUAUACUUUGUCAAAGGUUUCUGUUUUUCUAAACAACGUUGUGAAUAAUAAACAUAGUUCUUAGAUGUUUGAAAUCUUGUUAAAAUGUUAAGAGUCAAAUACUGAGGGAGAAUAAUACAAGCAUGUAGCUAAACUGCAAAAUAUAUUGUAGUAACAGGCUUUCAGUAUGAAGUGAUUGUUACAAAAGUGUGCAAGAAAGAUACUCAGUUGCCCUGUUCAUUUUCAUUAUUGAAAGGUCAGUUUUUUAGUUUUCAUUUUCAGUUCAUUGCUUUAAAUCAUCUUUUUUCUAUUAAUUUUAAAAGAAGACAUAUUUUGCUACCUACGAUUAUGGGAUGUUUUGAAUCGUAUGAGUUUUUCAUAUAUUAGACUACUGCUUUCCAUCUACUUCACCCCCAUCCCCAGCUUUGUGCCUGCUGAAUUUCAGACACAGAGAAAGUCAGUUUUAUAAGCCAUUUACAUACAUUUUGCCUUGGGUAUUAAUGGGAGGCCGUCUGUUCUUCUCUCACUUGUAACCGUUUUAUGGUAUAUCCUUCUGUUGUGAAAUUUGUAAGGCUUAGUCAUGCAAAAAAUCAGACCUACCAAAGCUAGCCAGGACAAAGUCUCCUAUUCUAUAGGGUUCAUUUGAUUCCUGUCACUUUUAUAACUCUCUCACCUUCCUCCCUUUAACUUAUAUAGCCCAUUGCUAUGUAUGUUAGGUGUUUUUGUAGUAGAACACAGAAGAAAUGCAAGUUAAAACAAUAGUGAAUUUUUAAUUUGGAAUUCAUCAGUUGAAUUUAUUUGGUUUUGUAAUUGAAAUGAAUGAGAUUUAUUCAUUCUUUUAAACUAUUAAAAUGAAUGCACAUCUAUGAAUGCAUGUG